CUAUGCUAUACAUACUCUUUAAUUUCUGCACAUAUAUGCGAGUAAAAUGAUAGGUAUAAUAAAAUACUAGAAGUCAACUACCUUAUUUUACUGCUAUCAUCAAAUAAGAUUCUUUGCACAACAUCCUAUUUUGACUUUCAGCAAAAAUACUUUUCUCCCUACGAUAAAAGAAUAAUAAAUAGAUCUGCAUGCAAUCCCUACGAAAGUUUUAAUACAUGCAAUGUUAACUUUCUGCUCGACGUGGCUUUUCAAUCUCUCUACGCAAGCGCACGCGAAUUAUAAACUAUGCUUUCGUCUAACAAAGGGUAGAUUGUGGUCAGUGGUGAACAGACACGCACUGUUUCAGCAUUGUAUAUUACAGAAAUAUUGCGUGUUAUAUAAUACAUGUAGUUAUAAUAUUGUGCUGCAAAAUUGUGAGAUAUUAUUUAGAUAUAAAUUGUAGAAUCAAUCCCAACAUGUUUGCCAACAAAUAUUACGAAAGCGAUAUAAAAUACACCUUCGAGAUAAAUCGCUUCUUCUUCCGUUUACUAGGUAUAUGGCCAUUUCCGCGCACGAAUUGUUUUCUUCCUGGGAUAGUGGAGACAGUCUUGUUGACCAUCGCGUGUUUUACUCUCCUCCUUUCUGAAAUAGCAUCGACUUUGAUCUAUAUAUUCAUAGUCUUGAAAGAUAUUCGCUUGAAAAUUAAACUUGUGGGCAGUAUGCUGUUCACGAUAGCAUCGACUAUCAAAUACGGCUAUGUAUUGCUUUACAAGAAUGAAAUAAAAAAUUGUUUGAAGCUAGUUGAUGAGGACUGGCAAAAUGUUGUUAACUCAAGUGAUCGUAUCUCAAUGAUAGAUAGAGUAAGAAUUGGUAGACGUUUAGUUAUAAUGUGCGCCGUAUUUGUCUAUUUAAGUGGCAUAGCUGUACGAAUUGUUAUGCCGCUGUCAACGGGAAAGAUCAUUACUCCUCAGAAUAUUACAAUUAGACCUCUGCCAUCUGCGGCGCAUUUUAUUAUCUUUGAUGUGCAGCACAGUCCUGCUUACGAAAUCGUAUUUUUAUUACAAUCUGUUACGGGAGUUAUAAGGUACACAAUUAUAGUGGCAGCUUUCGGUUUCAUAACUCUCUGUGCAAUGCAUUUUUGCUCGCAACUGGAUAUAUUAGUGACAUUAAUUAAUAACUUUGGAAAUGAGCGCCAAAAAGAACAUUUAAACAAAAGGCUGGCUAUUAUCGUGGAAUAUCAUAUCAAGACACGAAAUUUUUUACGUUUGGUGCAGAAUGCUGCUCAAUAUCCAAGUUUAGUGGAAAUUGUGAGUUCUAGCAUAUUGAUAUGUUUUGGAGGAUAUUAUACUAUCAUGGAUUGGAAAGACCAUAAUAUUAUACGUCUUUGCUCAUAUACCAUUGGAUUAGUCAUGCUUUUUUUCAAUGUAUUUAUUUACUGUUAUAUGGGCGAGCAAGUCAUCGAACAGGAAAAGAAAAUAGUAUCAACAUUGUGCACUUUAGAAUGGUAUCGUCUUCCGAAUAAGAAAGCAAAAGCAUUGAUUUUAAUCAUGGCUAUCUCAGACACUUCGUUAAAUCUAAAAGCUGGGAAAUUUAUCGAACUUUCUUUCAAAACGUUAAGUAACCUGGAUACAUUAGUGACAUUAAUUAAUAACUUUGGAAAUGAGCGCAAAGAAAAACAUUUGGACAAGAGGUUGGCUAUUAUCGUGGAAUAUCAUAUUAAGACACGAAAUUUUUUACGUUUGGUGCAGAAUGCUACUCAAUAUCCGAGUUUAGUAGAAAUUAUGAGUUCUAGCAUAUUGAUAUGCUUUGGAGGAUAUUAUACUAUCAUGGAGUGGGAAAAUCAUAAUACUAUACGUCUUUGCUCAUAUAUCAUUGGAUUAGUGAUGCUUUUAUUCAAUGUAUUUAUUUAUUGCUACAUGGGCGAGCAAGUCGUCGAACAGGAAAGAAAAAUAACAUCAACAUUGUAUACAUUAGAAUGGUAUCGUCUUCCGGAUAAAAAAGUAAAAGCAUUGCUUUUAAUCAUGGCUAUCUCAGACACUUCGUUAAAUCUAAAAGCAGGAAAAUUUAUUGAUCUUUCUUUCAAAACAUUGGGCAAUGUUGUUAAGAUGGCAGUUACAUAUUUAAAUCUUCUUCGAUCACUCGAAUGA